CUUCGAAACGACGCUAGCGCAUUGAAAAAUUGAGAGAUCAGAGAAUUCUUCGGAUUGGGUUGGUUGGGAAAACCAAAACCAUCAUUGUUGACGGUGUUAUUAGCGGUAUUUGACGUUUUGUGAUUUUUCCUUACAUUAAUUAUCAAAGCUACUGUUUUAGUUAUGUGUCUAAUUGAAUAUAGGACACUGGCAUAAAAAUCCAUAAUUUUAGUGCUCCAACUAGUGGUUCGGUUGUACGUGAAUUUCGCAAAAUUGAACUAACCUACAUUCAUUAAGUAGUUGCGAACCAGCUGGAGUAAACCUGCAAAAUGAGAUGGAUGUAUAGUAUUUUGUUUUUGGUCUACGGCGUUCUAGCGCAGGAGAUCGACAAAGUUGGCCAAAGCUCAUUUCAGCAAUUUCUUCAGAAUAGAUGUUAUAAGAAUGCUAAGGAGGGAGAUGCUUAUGAUAAGUUGAUGGUCUUGUCAUAUGAUUUCUAUAAAUAUGCUGAAUACACUGCUGCAUUUCUUCCUCUACACGUCGAUCAUUUCUGCAAAGAAGAGAAAAUGAUACUGAAGAAUAAGCUUAGAGAUGUAAACAAGAAUUUGGGUGGUUGCUUAGCUAAAGAUGAGAAAUUCCUUCCUCAAUUCAUUCAGGACACUUUCCACGAAUUCAUGGAAUUCUUGUGUGCUGCUGAUGGUUCUAACAUAAAAACUUUCUUCAGUACCCAUGGUAAAGAUUGCCGGGCAGCACUAUCCAGACAAAAUGGUACUGAGGAACUCGCAUGUUUUUCUAGAGUCUUCUCCUCCGUGAAUGAUAAGGGAUAUUUGACUAAAGAUGCUAUGUGCAAAGAUGUUGGUUUUGCAAAAGGAUGUUUCGCAGGAAUACUGGAAAAAUAUUGUCCUGGUUUUGCUGCCUUCAGGGAAUUGAACAACCGUUUUUUUAAAUAUAUCAACAAACCUUGUUCAGCCUGUAUUUUUGGAAUUAAUAAUACAGUAACGUUCUUCUGUGUACUUUUUGCGUUAUUCCAUAAAAAAAUGUUUUAAUCUUCGAAUUUAAUUUUAUCCCCUAUAAAUUUGUGAACAAAAUAUAAUUUGUAAAUUUUUCUCUACAUAUAUGUGUUACAAAAUGAAAGUAUCUUUUUACUCAGGUCUGAUUAUUUUUUUUUACUCAGUCACAUUCUCACAGUUUUUUUUUGUAUUGUUAGUAAACUUAUAUACACUAUUUAAACAGCCAAUUUUUAUAUAGAUUGCAUGGUAUAAUAUACAACCAUGUUUCUUUGAUUUAUUCUUAUAACGAUCUUGUUUGAGAAUUUGUUACACAUGUUGCAAUUGAUGCAAUACCACAUUGUGAUAAAAUUUUUCGAAUAUUUAUGUGAUCUAAAUUAUAUUAUUUUUAUGAAUUGAAUCAGAUUUUAUCACUAAAAAUUUUCUAAACAGUAUUUCAAUUUUAUCGGCAUUUUUAAUAUACUUUGGAGAUUUCUUCUUAAAGUGUAUGCCCUUAUUAACAUUUUGGAGUGUUGUAAAAGAGAAAUUUAGUAUGUUAUGUUGGAAGAUAUAUUUUUUUAAUAUCAUUGUUUAGAUGUCCACAGCUUAUUGUUGCUUGAUUCAAAUUGAUAAUUGGAGUAGUUCAUGUAAAUAUGUUUUUUCCAAAACACAAAUAAACAUAAGUUCUUUUGACAAUUCAGAAGAAAUGCAUGUUUAUAUACUCAGAGAGUCUUUUGUACUCAAUUAAGCAUCAAUAAACAACUAUAAUGUUGCUACGUACUGGACCAUAUAAGGACUAAAUGCAAACUGUACUUUAUAUUUAUACAAUCGAUGUUACUUUAUUGAAAUUAAUACACAUAGGUGUAUAAAACUUGAAUGGGAUUUGAAAUUGUUGAGUCAAAAUAAAUGGUAUAGAUUUGCCUAA